AUGGAAUCAAGACCCUACAAAAUCACAGGCCCUCUCCAAAGGUCCCAGUCCAGUAACUACUACAAACCGCCAGUUCCUCCUAGCGCCCAGACCUUUGAAUCAAAGUUCUACAUGGACAAAAAGUCUGCUUCUGCGUAUCAAACACCACCGCCUGCUCCGCCAUCAUUCCAAGAUGCAAACAUGGUCAGUAUCCCCGCGGACAUGUUUGACAGGAUGUUCCUCCGGCUCCAAGAGCCAUCCCCGGCCAAAAAGGACGCGAACUGGCAAUUUGCCAACCCGACUCCCCUGUCCGUCGUGGGCUUCCUGCUCUGUCUCAGUCCGUUGUCGUGCGAUCUAUUGGGGUGGCGUGGUGCAGGAGGAAACGGAGCUGCUUCGAUGCAAGUCCAUCCCAUGCCCAUCUUUGGAGCAUACUUCUUCAUCGGCGGCGUACUGAUGCUUCUGGGCGGUCUUUUCGAGUACGUUGCAGGCAACACAUUCCCUUUCGUCGUCUUCGCCUCUUUUGGCGGCUUCUGGUUCUCCUACGGCGCCACCCUGCUCCCUUUUUUCAACGCUUUUGGCGCCUACUCGCCUGACCCAGAGGAUAUCACUGCUGGACUCGCCACUCAGGGAUUCAACGCCAGUUUCGGUUUUUUCAUGAUCUUCAUGGCCGUGCUCUGCUUGAUCUAUCUCGUGUGCGCUCUCCGAACGAAUCUUGUCUUUGUCAUCAUUUUCGCCGGACUAUUCGUCGGCUUCAUCUUCCUCACAGCUACAUUCUGGUUCACGGCAGAAGGAGACAGUGCUGCCAGUAGGACGCUGCAUCUUGGCGGGGCCGCGUUCUUCAUUACUUGCAUGGCUGGUUGGUACCUCCUGCUAGCGUUGUUGUUUUUGUCGGUGGAUUUCCCCAUUCAGUUACCUCUAGUGGACCUCAGUGGUUGGAUCCAGAGUUAUAGCGCAAAGAGCAAGAGUUUGGGGGAGACGGCGUAA